AAUAUAUAUCGUUGUCUAUGAUUAUACAGCAAAUUUCAUUGUUGAGUGUCCGACUCUUUCCAUCUCUCGUAAAUAUAAUCCGAAAAAAGGUGAAAAAAUGGUCCUCGAAAGUACUAUGAUAUGUGUUGAUAACAGUGACUACAUGAGAAAUGGAGACUUCCUACCAACACGCCUCCAGGCUCAACAAGAUGCCGUAAAUUUGGUAUGUCAUUCCAAAACAAGAUCGAAUCCUGAGAAUAAUGUAGGAUUAUUGACACUCGCUAACGUCGAAGUGCUGGCCACGCUGACCAGCGAUGUUGGCCGCAUCCUGUCCAAGCUUCACCGCGUGCAACCGAAUGGUGAUAUCAACCUGCUGACUGGAAUCAGAAUUGCCCACUUGGCACUCAAGCACCGUCAGGGCAAGAACCACAAAAUGCGCAUCGUCGUGUUCGUUGGCUCGCCGGUCCACACCGACGAGAAGGAGCUCGUCAAACUAGCAAAGAGGCUGAAGAAGGAGAAAGUAAACUGUGAUGUUGUGUCAUUUGGAGAAGAUGCUGAGAAUAAUCCAUUGUUAACAACUUUUGUCAACACCCUCAAUGGCAAAGACAAUACUACAGGAGGCAGCCACCUUGUUUCCAUUCCUGCUGGUAAUUGUGUGGUUCUCUCUGAAGCCCUAAUCUCCAGCCCAUUGAUUGGUGGAGAUGGUGCUGGCCCAUCAGGUUCUGGAUUGUCUCCAUUUGAAUUUGGAGUUGAUCCUAAUGAAGAUCCAGAAUUGGCUCUAGCUUUGCGUGUGUCUAUGGAGGAACAGAGACAGCGUCAAGAGGAAGAGUCCCGACGCCAGCAGGCUAACACUGAAGGUGAGGCUCCUAAAGCUGGGGAAACACAAGAUAGUGGCAUGGAGCGGGCUCUGGCCAUGUCUUUGGGCCGUGAGGCUAUGGAAUUGUCAGAAGAGGAGCAAAUAGCCUUGGCCAUGCAGAUGAGCAUGCAACAAGAUGCCCCUGCAGCUGAAGAGAGCAUGGAUGUCUCUGAAGAAUAUGCUGAAGUCAUGAAUGACCCUGCCUUCCUGCAAAGUGUUCUUGAGAACCUACCUGGUGUAGAUCCGCAGAGUGAGGCUAUCCGGAAUGCCAUGUCUACCAUCAAGAAAGACAAGGAUGAAAAGGAUGACAAGGACAAAGAUUCAAAGGGCGCAGGCUCAGGUUCUAAAUAAACUCAUUUUUAAUACAAUGUUUUAAUGAUACAUUAUGCUUGUAAACUUUAACCUUAGACACCACUGUGUAACUACAACAUAAAUUUAUGGAAUACAGAAGUUCUAUUAAAAAAAUAUUGUUUAUUGUGGCCAGGAGAUCCAAUUUAGACCCUCUAUUUUGUCAAAUUCUGAAACAAAAAGUUUAGUUAGAUGUAAAAGUGUUUUGUUAAAACUAAUACUAAAGAAAACUAAGCCAAAAUACAGUAAACCCACUUGAUAGUAUGUGUUUAGUACAAUCUCCCACAUAAUACAUCAAUUUACAUUGGUCCAUACAACUUUUUUUCAUGGUUAAUAUGCUUUCCCACUUAACACAUUCACUGUGGCACUGGGCCGAAAGACCUCAUAAAAAGUAGGUUAACACAUUCACUGCCAGACAAAAAACGGCGUACUACCCCAGAAACCAGUGGUCUAUAGCUGCGUACAAAACAACCCGCCCAGCGGGUUGUCCGGCAUCUGAACAAAGUUCACGAGCGCCCACCAGGUGGGUUCCCGGCAGUGAAUGUGUUAAUUGCACAUAUCAACUCUUAGCUCCCUGUGCAUUCAUAUAUAAUAUAUUACAAGUUACACUAAUAAUCGCAUAUUAAGGAGUGUUUUUGGUGUGGUCCCUUCACAAUCUUAAGAGGGUUUUACAGCAUAUAUUAAUGUCCUGGUAGUUGAUUCAAAGAGAUUAAAAUAUGCCUAUUGUAAGUUGCAUUGUUAUAAUACAUAAGCAAGUUAAUUAGUA